CAUCCAACGGUGCAGAUCAACUCCAGCCAACAUACGACCCCUCGUCCUGCUCCUGUGACACAGAGACACCAACAUGCUCUCGCUCUUCUUGUUGUUUGGUCUGGCUCUGGGUGCUGUGUCUUCUCCUGAUGUGAAGCUACAGCGUGGCAACUGUCCCAUGUUCUGGUACAGCUUCAAUGGCCGCUGCUACAAGUACAUCGCCACAGACAUGACCUGGGCUGAUGCAGAGCUCCACUGUUUGUCAGAGAGAGCCAACCUGGUGUCCAUCCACAGUCUGGAUGAACAUAACUUUGUCAGAUCCCUGAUCCAGAACUUUGACCCUUCACAGGGAAGAACCUGGUAUGGCCUCAGUGACAUUCACAAAGAAGGCAACUGGAUGUGGUCUGACGGUUGCCCAGUGGGCUUUGUCUUUUGGUAUUCGGGACAGCCAGAUGGUGCAUCAGGUCAAAACUGUGUUCAAACCAACGUUUUUGGAUCAGCAUGGAAUGACAUUGAAUGUUCUCUCGCCUCUCCCUUUGUUUGUGCAACACGUAUAAACUGCCCUUAGCAACUGAGGUGUUACAUGUGAGACUGAACCUGGUCACUGUGACAUGCAUGAAGCCUUCACAAUAAAGAUGGAAAUGUACACCUA